AUGCAGCUAUCUUGGCAGCCAAUAUUCUCCCUGUCUAGGAAGCCAGCUAGAAGACCAACGGCACGCAGGAAGAAGCCGCAACUGCCGACGGAAACAAACAGGCCACAGCAGCAAUUUGAAUUCAUCGUGGAGCAUCCUGUGAGAGGACAUAGGGCAACGGAAUCCCCAUCAGCCAACAAUUCCACGUAUUCAGAGAUAUCUGUUGAACCUAUCACUGACGGUCAGGCAAGGCCUGGCUCUCGAUGUAGUAGGCAGACGCAGGGUGAUGAAUUGUCCCUGAUCGAGAGUGAGACGACUGAUAGGAUAACUGAACCUCACCAGUAUCUGCGCAAUAGCGAGGAUCGAUAUACACGUUCAUUUUUACAUAAUUCUAAAGCGAACAGGCAACUGCAGACAUCUAAGAGAGGCAGCAUUGAUCAUGUUACUUUAGAGCCGAGCCAAGUCGCCCCUAAAGAGAUAAUCUCUACAUGCUUUCCGUAUACUUCUAUACCGCCGGGUGUACUAUAUGGCGACCUUUGCCAGCGGUUUGGGCCUAUCCUCGGGAGGUACAACGGGGAGUUCUGCAAAAUUCCAUUAACGUCUGAUCUACGGAUAAACCCGUUUCGGUACCGGAAAGACCUCGAGCCGGAACCUGUCUUUCUGAUCCAUGCUGUGAUGGCUUUAGCAGGUCAUCACGUCGAGAGUACAUCAACCCAGGAUCAUCGCCAUGCUGCAUUUCAAUUACUCCGUGAGAAGCUUGGCUCGUACAGUAAAGCAGAAGACGUGUACUCCAUGCUUGACGCAGUUAUAAUCUUAUUCUCGCUAGAUGAAACUCAAUCCGCCUUUGGAAACUGGAACACACAUCUUAUAGGAGCAUAUGGCCUUCUCGAGGCUUGCGGCGGUAUUGAGGUGUGGGUCACGUCCGCGAGGGUAAUGGCCCAGGUAGCAAUUCUCACAUGGUGGGACGCAAUAACCAGUUUAGUAUCAAGGGAAGACUGCGUGUUCCCUUACGCAUACCCCGAAACAGUAUUGUCGAAGCAUGACGGCCAAGAAUGGGAUUAUUUCGGGCUGUGCGGGUGUCCACCAAGUCUCGUACAUCUAGUCAUGCAGCUGGCACGAUUGUGUGCCAAAAAGCGAAAAUCAUCUUCAAUGCGGUACGUCACAUUUGACACCACCGCCGCCUUGGAAAUCGAGCAGUCACUCGAUUGCUGGUAUCACAUUUCUCCUGAGACAGCCUUCCAAAGCGAGGAGAGUAUGCAACAAGACCAGGAUAGCAUGCACUGCUCAGAAGCAUGGAGAAAUGGCCUUCUGCUGUACAUAUGCAGGGUGUUUCGAUGGGAACCCGGAAGCAGCGUCCCUCCGGCCAUUUUGUUCCGGGCUAGGGUUAUUACAGAUCAUGUCUUUGCGUGUCGAGAUCAAAGCAUGGUGUCUCGGCAGGCCUUGCUGCCUCUCUUUUUUGCAGGAUGCGAAUUGAGAGAUCGAUCAUUGCGCAGGAAGAUCGUAGAGUUCUGCUCUAUAUGGGACAAGAGGACUCGAUAUCAUAUGUUUAGUAACGCCAUACCAUUAUUGGAAGAAGUGUGGGCUGAACAAGAUGCAAAAGGGUUUGAGAACGUAUGGUGGGGGCAAAUAGUGGAUAAACUGCAUUCAUCUGGGAGUCAACAUCCUUUGCAGAUGCGACUUUGCUUUGGCUAG